CUCCCGGCCCUGGCGGCUGGAAAGCACGCUGCCAGGGGGCCCGAUGGACGCCCGCGCGCCCAAGGCCGUCCCCAAGCUGCCCCCCCAGCACCUGAGCGCCCCGGCCCGGCCCGCGCCCUGAAGCGCGCCGCCGCACAGGCUUCUGCACCAGGAGCAGGUCAAAUAGGUUGCUGGGUCUACCAUCGAGGAGCAUGGGAAGGUGUUGCUGAGUUUCCAGACCUUUCCCAAGAUGGAACCAAUCACAUUCACGGCGAGGAAGCAUCCGUUCCCUAACGAGGCCUGGGUGGCCUUCAGCCUCCAGCUGGUGGGCUCCUUGCCUGUGCAUUCCCUGACCACCAUGCCCAUGCUGCCCUGGGUCGUGGCAGAGGUGCGCCGGCUCAGCGGGCAGUCCUCCAAAAAGGAACCCGGUACCAAGCAAGUCCGGCUUUGCGUCUCGCCCUCUGGACUGAGAUGUGAACCGGAGCCAGAGAAGACUCAGCAGUGGGAUCCGCUGAUCUGUUCCAGCAUCUUCGAGUGUAAGCCUCAGCACGCUCACAAACUGAUCCACAACAGUCACGACCCGAGCUACUUCGCCUGUCUGAUUAAGGAUGAUGCGGCCAGUAGGCGGAGUAUCUGCUACGUGUUCAAAGCUGAUGAUCAAACAAAAGUGCCCGAGAUCAUCAGCUCCAUCCGCCACGCCGGGAGGAUCGCCCGCCAGGAGGAGCUGCAUUGCCCCUCGGAGUUUGACGACACGUUCUCCAAGAAGUUCGAGGUGCUCUUCUGCGGCCGGGUGACCGUGGCGCACAAGAAGGCGCCGCCAGCCCUGAUCGACGAGUGCAUUGAGAAGUUCAACCACAUCAGCUGCAGCAGGAAAGCCGAACUUGACCUGGUCUCCCAGAACUCCGAGGCCAGCAACCCUGCUGCGGCGCUUUCCUUCACGGAUAAGUUCCGAUCGGUGCUGCAGCCCGCGGGGCCCACGGAGCAGGGCCACUGGCCCAUGCGUAAGUCCUUCUCGCAGCCCGGCCUGCGCUCCCUGGCCUAUAGGAAGGAGUUUCAGGAUGGGAGCCUGCGAAGUCACAGUUUCUUCAGCUCUUUUGAUGAAAACGACAUUGAGAACCACCUCAUCAGUGGACACAAUAUUGUGCAGCCAACGGAUAUUGAGGAAAAUCGAACUAUGCUUUUUACGAUUGGUCAAUCUGAAGUUUACCUCAUCAGUCCUGACACCAAAAAAAUAGCAUUGGAGAAAAAUUUUAAGGAGAUAUCCUUCUGCUCUCAGGGUAUUAGACACGUGGACCACUUCGGGUUCAUCUGCCGGGAGUCGUCGGGAGGCGGUGGCUUCCAUUUCGUCUGUUACGUGUUUCAGUGCACAAACGAGGCUCUGGUGGAUGAGAUCAUGAUGACGCUGAAACAGGCCUUCACGGUGGCUGCUGUGCAGCAGACGAGAGCGCCCGCCCAGCUGUGCGAGGGCUGCCCCCUGCAGGGCCUGCACAAGCUCUGCGAGCGCAUCGAGGGAAUGAAUUCUUCUAAAACCAAACUAGAACUCCAGAAGCACCUGACAACGUUAACCAAUCAGGAGCAAGCAAUGGUUUUUGAGGAGGUGCAGAAAUUGAGACCAAGAAAUGAGCAGCGAGAGAAUGAAUUGGUUAUUUCUUUCCUGAGAUGUUUAUAUGAAGAGAAGCAAAAAGUUCACACCCAUAUUGGGGAUGUAAAGCAGACAACACAGAUUGCAGCAGAGAAUAUUGGAAGUGAAUUACCAUCCAGUGCCACUCGAUUUAAGCUCGACAUGCUGAAAAACAAAGCGAAGAGAUCUUUAGCGGAGUCUUUGGAAAGUAUUUUGUCCCGGGGCAAUAAAGCCAGAGGCCUUCCGGAACAUUCUGCCAGCCUGGAUCUGGAUGGCUCCGUGUCUAGCACAUUAAAUAACACCAACAAAGAGCCCUGUGUGUGUGACAAGGAGGCCUCGCCCGCGUCUGAGAGCAGAACCAGGCUCCUGGGCUCCUCAGACGACCUGCUGUCCGGUGACACGGAGAGCCCUCCCACGGAAGAGCCUGCCCUGCUCUCCCCCCAGCAGGGCUACCGACGGCGGGCGAACACCCUGAGUCACUUCCCUGUGGAGUGCCAGGAGCCUCCGGAACCCGCCCAGGGCUCCCCGGGGGGCUCGCAGAGGAAACUUAUGAGGUACCACUCAGUGAGCACAGAGACGCCUCAUGAACGAAAUGGGAAUCAUCCACCUGUUGGCGAAUCUAAAAGUUGCUCAGGUCCUUCAGUUCCUGCUCCUCCACCUCGUCUUAACCCCUCCGACUCCUCACCAAAUUUUUUUAAGUCCUUAAAACAUAACACGAGUGGAGAACAAAGUGGGAAUGCCGUGCCUAAGAGCAUCUCCUACCGCAAUGCCCUGCGGAGAAAACUCCACUCUUCCUCCUCUGUGCCAAAUUUCCUAAAAUUUCUGGCUCCUGUAGAUGAAAAUAACACCUCUGACUUUAUGAGCACAAAAAGGGACUUGGACGCCAAAGCCCACCCUCUCGGCGACCCCAGCGGGACGCCUGUGAAGACGCGGAGACACUCGUGGAGGCAGCAGAUAUUCCUCCGCGUGGCGACCCCGCAGAAAGCGAGCGACUCGCCCAGCAGAUACGAAGAUUAUUCUGAGCUGGGAGAGCUUCCGCCGCGGUCUCCGUUAGAGCCAGUUUGUGAGGAUGGGCCCUUCGGCCCUGUCCCGGAGGAGAAGAGAAGGACAUCACGCGAGCUUCGCGAGCUGUGGCGCAAGGCGAUUCUACAGCAGAUCCUCCUCCUCAGGAUGGAGAAGGAAAACCAGAAGCUCCAAGCUUCCAAAAACGACCUGCUGAACAAGCGCCUGAAGCUCGAUUAUGAAGAGAUCACGCCCUGCCUUAGAGAAGUGACGGCGGUGUGGGAAAAGAUGCUGAGCACGCCGGGAAGAUCCAAAAUUAAGUUUGACAUGGAAAAGAUGCACUCGGCUGUUGGGCAAGGUGAUGUGCCACGUCAUCACCGGGGUGAGAUCUGGAAGUUCCUCGCCGAGCAGUACCACCUGAAACACCACUUUCCCUCCCAGACUGAGCACUCAGAUGUGCCGCUUUCUUUUUUAAAACGACGACUGAUGGUUCUCGUUUUCACAGGCCGAACCUUUCCAACACACCCGUACUUCUCGGCCCAGCUGGGCGCGGGGCAGCUGUCCCUUUACAACAUCCUGAAGGCCUACUCGCUUCUGGACCAGGAAGUGGGAUACUGCCAAGGCCUCAGCUUCGUGGCCGGCAUCCUGCUGCUGCACAUGGGCGAGGAAGAGGCGUUUCACAUGCUCAAGUUCCUGAUGUUUGACCGGGGGCUGCGGAAGCAGUACCGGCCGGACAUGAUCAUUUUACAGAUCCAGAUGUACCAGCUCUCGCGGCUCCUCCACGACUACCACAGAGACCUCUACAACCACCUGGAGGAGCACGAGAUCGGCCCCAGCCUCUACGCCGCGCCCUGGUUCCUCACCGUGUUCGCCUCCCAGUUCCCCCUGGGAUUUGUGGCCAGAGUCUUCGAUAUGAUCUUUCUUCAGGGAUCAGAGGUCAUAUUUAAAGUGGCUUUAAGUCUGUUGGGGAGCCAUAAGCCCUUGAUUCUGCAGCAUGAAAACCUAGAGACCAUAGUUGACUUUAUAAAAAACACACUACCCAACCUGGGCUUGGUGCAAAUGGAAAAGACCAUCAAUCAGGUGUUUGAGAUGGACAUUUCUAAGCAGUUACAAGCAUAUGAAGUGGAGUACCAUGUGCUUCAAGAAGAACUUAUCGAUUCCUCUCCUCUCAGCGACAACCAAAGAAUGGACAAAUUGGAGAAAACCAACAGCAGCUUACGCAAACAGAACCUCGACCUCCUGGAACAACUGCAGGUGGCAAAUGGUAGGAUCCAGAGCCUGGAAGCCACCGUGGAGAAGCUCCUGACCAAUGAAAGCAAGCUGAAGCAGGCUGCCCUGGCCUUGGAGCUGGAGAGGUCAGCGCUGCUGCGGACGGUGGAGGAGCUCCAGCGGCGGACCGCAGAGCUGAGGGCACCCCAGCCUGACCUCGUGCAGCCCUAGCCCGCGGGCGACUGAUAGCAUCUCGCCAGGGCACGGCCCGAGGAGACGUGGGACACCAUCCGACACUGUCCAGGCCUUAACCGAGAGAGACAGAAGAUGCUGGAGGGAGAGAGCGAGGCGCGGAGCAUGCUUCUCAGGGAGGAAACUGGCUCGCCAGCACACGGAGUCUUCUGAACGGAAACUUGCGGAUCAGGGGGAUGAGUGUCCCCGUGUUUUUAUUGUUGUUUAGGUUCCAGUGGGUCCUGAUGACUGUAAUCAGUAGAUUUAGACGGCAUGGACAUGAAUAAAUGCACUUUUAUGUUCUUUUUUCAGUAUUACUGUGUUUGUAAAGAGCAUUCUUCAUACUGUGGAAUUGCAAAAGCCCGAGGGCUCGAGAUGAUUCCUCUGGCAAAGGUGGGGUCCAUGGCUCUCCCACGGAGGGGCGGUGUGACUGCUUCCUCAGCGGCGUCGGCAGGUGGCCCUGGUCCAUGCUCGCCUGGAAGGCCAAGAUGACCAUUGGGAAAGAUCAAAAGUGAUUCAUUUAAAUGUGACAUCUUGAAUUUGAUCACUAUUCUUGGUAUUUAAUGAAGUUUCUUUUUAAAAAAAUCAUAUUUUCAUACAUUUUUUGCUUAGUCCUUACAUAUUGAUCAAAGUUAUUGUUUUAUGGGAAAAUCACCAUUUUUAAAACUCUGCGAGGGAUUGCUUGAAUGCAACCUGUAGUUGUAGAGUCUGAGAUAUUUAUUUCUUUGUGGUGUUUCAUAUUCAUUAAAAAUUGAGUUGCGUAUUUAUUUUUGCAGCUGUGUGUCCCUUUGAGCCUCCACUCCUUGGGAAUCUGAUUCUUUGCAGAGGUAGCAGGGCACAGCAGCAUUUUUUAGGGAUGCCAGAGACUUGGGGACUUUCAAAAGGAGAUCAAAAUUGUAAACAAAUGUAUGGCAGCUGAGAGCAGUUUCCUGGAGGUAGGAUAUGUGUUUUGAAUAUAAUUCCCAACACGGUGACCCUCCCCCUACCUCAGGACGAUGAGGUCCUUGUGCCUUCAACACGCAGAAAGCUGCUCACGGCUGCCCUGGCUUCACCUCGUCACGGGGCCUGCCGUGCGCGCUCUCAGAAUCCACGUGUCCUUACAAGGGGUGGUCAGAGAGGAACUGGGUAGGCACAUGUCACUUCCUUCAAAGUAGAAUCAUUGCUGGUCUUGAUCAUCCUAGCCCAGAGAUUGUCAGCCCUUGUCAUCUCAUGGCACACACAAGCUACUUACUAAAGUUCUGCAGCACACCAAAAAGAUGUAUUUUUUGCUGAUCUGACAAAAAAUACAUAUAAUUUUGAUUCAUUCACACCAGAUGGCUGUUGUUGUGUUGGCUGUUGUCAUUUUUCUAUUUGACAAUCUAAGGGAAAAGAGGUCAGUGCCCCUGACUAAAUAGUCAGGUAUUGCAUGUUUUAGAAAUACCUGCGGCACACCGGGUGAAAAUCGCUGUCCUAACCACUUCUUCUGUUCCACAGGAGUUUCUUCUGACUCUUUUAAUUAAGCCUGAGGUGAAAGGAAGGAUUCUCAUAUUUGGAGUCAUUGUCAGUCUCCCCAGACAUUUCAGAGGAAGACAAGCUUGCUGCCUAAACACGUGGGCGAUAUCUGAGACCUUUCCUAUUUCCCAUGUGAGGAUAGCAGUUCUCUGCAUAAACCAAGACGACAAGCCCAGUGGCCUUUAUCCCAGGUUGUUCCACCAGAUAUACUGGGAGUUAACAUUGGAGGGCUUCUUUCCACAUAUUUUACUGUUUGAUGUUUAAUAAUGUUGAAAUCUGGACAUCUUCUGACCAUUACUCAAAAGCAUUGACUCCACAUUAAAUAAGAAACUAGAAAGCAAUAAAGUAAUUUAUGUGCACACUUUUA